GCAGUCUCAGCUCCAGCCCCAGCCUCUUGCCCAGACUGGGGCACAAAUGAAAAAGAAAAGUGGCUUCCAGAUUACCAGUGUGACCCCUGCUCAAAUAUCAGCUAGUAUGAGCUCCAAUAACAGCAUAGCUGAGGACACAGAAAGCUACGAUGACCUGGACGAGUCCCACACUGAAGACCUGUCGUCUUCAGAAAUCUUGGAUGUUUCUUUAUCCAGGGCCACUGACUUGGGAGAACCUGAGAGGAGCUCCUCCGAAGAGACUUUAAAUAACUUCCAAGAGGCAGAGACUCCUGGGGCUGUUUCUCCAAACCAGCCUCAUCUUCCUCAGCAGCACGCUCCUCUGCCUCAUCACCCACAGCAGAGCGUUGUGAUCAAUGGAAGUGUUCACCCCCAUCACGUUCACCACCACCACCAUCUCCACCACCACCAUCACGGACACCAUCACCCAUCUCAUCCCGGGGUGGGCAGCGCCCCAGUUUCUGCAGGACCACCGCCUAGUCCGUCGUUCAGAAAACUAUCAACAACUGGAAGCUCUGACAAUGUUAUAUCAACUGCACCAGUUUCUGCUGCAUCAUCCACUGGUUCCCCGGCGUCUGUUGUGUCUAAUAUCCGCACUACGAGUACUCCUGGCAAUUUAGGUGUAAGUCCUGCUGCUGGAACUAGUACCUUAAAUAAUAUGGGUGGCGGUAGUUCUAGCGUGGCGAGCAGUGUGCUUGGUACUAUGAAUUUAAGCAACAUCACAAGUACUGGUAAUGUAAAUGCUUUGUCUGGAACUAGCAGCAAUGUUAAUGUGAAUAUCUUGAGUGGUGUUGGCAAUGGUACGAGUGCUUCCUCUAGUGUCAUUAACAAUAUUACUAACCCAACUGCAGGAAUGGCAGUGGGAUCAAGCCAGCAGCAGCCUGCCUCUGGCACGUCCAGGUUUAGGGUAGUAAAAUUAGAUUCUAGUUCUGAACCUUUCAAAAAAGGUAGAUGGACAUGCACUGAAUUCUAUGAUAAAGAGAACACUGUUGCAGUUUCAGAAGGAGUAGCAGUAAACAAAGCAGUAGAGACGAUAAAACAAAACCCGCUCGAAGUGACUUCUGAAAGGGAGAGCACCAGUGGGAGUUCUGCUAGCAGCAAUGUAAGCACACUGAGUCACUAUACAGAAAGUGUGGGAAGUGGAGAAAUGGGAGCACCUACUGUGGUGCAGCAGCAAGCCUUCCAAGGUGUGGGUCCGCAGCAGAUGGAUUUUAGCAGCACCGCUCCUCCGGCAAUUCCAGCAUCUAGUAUACCACAGAGUGUUUCCCAAUCGCAGCUUGCACAAGUCCAGCUGCAUUCUCAA